CCGCGUCUUGUUGUAGCAGACUUCACAGCCGCUUUCCACUUUUAUCCCCGUUAAUCUAAUCCGCAAGAGAUUUUAUUCAACAGCAAGGGGAGAAUAAGGAACUGCCUUUCAACAGCAGUCCACCUAAAACUGUACAUAAAGUUCUUUAGAACAGUCGUGAAUACACUGUAAGCGGUUUAAAGACGUGGUGAAUUACUACAUGGGAACAAAUAUAAAAGGACGGAGCGCAGAUUUUCCAGCAGAUAUCAACGACGCUGGAAUAUAAACAUGGAUGACGGGCAGAAGCGAUGGCUUUGAAGAAUUAAGGCCGAAUUGCUUCUCGUUUGUUUUCCUUUGUGCACGGCGAAUGGUUUUAAAUCUACGUUUAUGUUAUUGCUUCUGAGACGUGACGUGCCAUUGUCUGUUCAUUUUGGGGAGGAAGUUGUCGGGAUGGCUCCUGGUUCGCUAGCCACAAUGGCCCCUACUGGGCCCAACAUCUCCUGGCUCCCAGAAGCUCCUCUGCUCACUCCAGAGCAGCCCAUUUUCCUCAUGACGACUGCGGCCCAGGCAGUGUCAGGCUUCUUUGUGUGGACGGCACUUCUACUCACCUGCCACCAGAUCUACUUGCAUUUGCGUUACUACAGCUCUCCCAAGGAGCAGAGGCACAUAGUGCGCAUCCUUUUCAUCGUACCCAUCUACGCCUUUGACUCCUGGCUCAGCCUUCUCUUCUUUACCAAUGACCAGUACUAUGUGUACUUCGACACAGUCAGGGAUUGCUAUGAGGCAUUUGUGAUCUAUAACUUCUUGAGCCUGUGUUAUGAAUACCUUGGAGGAGAGAGCGCUAUCAUGGCUGAGAUCAGAGGAAAACCUAUUGAGUCCAGCUGUAUUUACGGAACAUGUUGUCUUUGGGGCAAGACCUACUCCAUUGGCUUCCUUCGAUUUUGCAAACAGGCCACUUUACAGUUCUGUGUAAUAAAACCCCUGAUGGCCAUGAUUACGGUCAUCCUGCAGGCCUUUGGGAAAUACCGUGAUGGGGAUUUCAAUGUCGCUAGUGGUUACCUGUACGUGACCAUCAUCUACAACAUCUCAGUCAGCCUGUCUCUCUACGCUCUUUUCCUGUUCUACUUCGCCACCCGAGACCUCCUCAGCCCCUACAGGCCAAUGCUCAAGUUCUUCAUGGUCAAAUCGGUCAUCUUCCUCUCCUUCUGGCAAGGCAUGCUGCUGGCCAUCUUGGAGAAAUGUGGUGCGAUUCCUCAGAUUAGCUCUCCUGAGGUUUCUGUGGGUGAGGGAACCGUUGCAGCUGGAUACCAGAACUUCAUCAUUUGCAUCGAGAUGUUCUUUGCCGCCUUGGCCCUGCGACAUGCGUUUACCUACAAGGUCUACAUGGACAAAAGACUGGAUUCCCUUGGCCCUGUUCCUACAUAUGGACAGUACGGUCGCUGUGCCCCCAUGAAGAGCAUCUCCAGCAGCUUGAAGGAGACCAUGAACCCCGGAGAUAUGGUUCAGGAUGCCAUCCACAAUUUCUCCCCAGCCUACCAACAGUACACCCAACAGUCCACCCUGGAGCAGGGGGUCACCGCGCCGCCCAUAUCCCGCAACCACAGCUGCGUGAGUGCUCGGGACAAUGAGAAAACCCUGCUGCUUAGCUCCGAUGAUGAGUUUUAACUCGCUCACCUGUCGUCCUGAGCAUAGGUACUCCGUAAGGGACCGUUUACUGCUACGGUAGUGUAAUGAUGAGGUUCCGUUAACAUAGGAACAGGUUAUUAAAGGACCAUCUUAAGCAAGUAGUUACGUUCAAGUGCAGUAGAAUAUGAAAUUAAGCUGCUUAUACUUGCUUAGUUGUUGAAACAGUCUUUAAAGAAAAAUCUUGAUGUGCUUUUAUCUGAUAAUGUUGAAUGGGUUAAAUAAUACGUUCAUCUGUACUUUUAGCCAAAUUUUGAAAACCCACAUGGUCUGACACUUCAGCAUUUGAAUUGAUGUAUUUUUUAUGCUUCUUGUAGUUUUACAUAGGGGGUGUUUGGACAUCCCAGCAUAUUUAUAAAGAGCAGUGUAUUGGAGGGCCCCCAUUCGGUGGGAAUGUUACCGUUUUUGAUUUACAAGUUCAAGUGCACCUUUCCUUCUGUUUCAACAGUGUUUAUAGCUUCCUAAGUGAAUUAAAGUGCAGUGGUGAAUGAAAGAGCGCACUGACGGUAGAGGGAAUACCAGCUGUUCAAACACACCAUUGUUGUUUUGACGGAUGAAUCAAGGGACGGGGAGAGGUUGAUGGUCCACGAUAAGAUUACAGAUUAAGGCGGUCUGGAUUAUAAAGCUGGAACAUUACUUGCCUGUUGCAGAUUAGCACAGGCUUUCAGAAAAGUGUGACCAUCCUGGACCACUGCAGAAAAAGCAUCUAUCUAGGUUUGCUGAGCAGUUUAAAAGAUAGAUUUAGGCUACGCUUCUUAGUUUAUGCUAGACUUUCACUGAGAAAGAACAGUAAAGUACCAUCAUCUUAUCCGUAUUCUGUUGUCUGUCUGAUGGUAAUGUGAAAUUUAUAGAAUUUGAAAAUUUAAAGGGACAGUUCACCCAAAAAUAACAAUUGUGGUCAUUUAUUCACCUUCGUGUCAUUCUAAAACUGUGUUUCUUCUGUGAAACACGCAAAAAAGAAAAAAAAAUCGGAUUGUUUCUGAACUUCAUACAAUGAAAGUCAGUGGGGUCCAAAUCAACAUUGAACCUUUCGUAAAGAAACACAAAGGCAUAUUUCAAAAUAUCUUCUUUUGUUUUCCACCAAAAGUAAAUCAUACAGGUUUGAACAACCAUGUGGGUGAGUAAAUGAUGACAAAAUUGUCCGUUUUGAACUGUCUUUUUAAUAGGUAUUUUUUCCCACUAGAGGGAGGCAUAUCUCACAGUUCACACCCUUUAUCUUUAUGGGACCCGCCAGUUAUCACUGAUCCUUUGAGAGCCACACCAGUCUCUCCCAUUCUUCAGAAGCAUCCGCCACUUGCGCUUUACCUUCUCAGAUAGCACUAGGCCCUCAAAGACCAAGCUUGAAGCUUGCGGUUGGUUAGAUAGCAUCUUUGGAGUUACUUAUUAACUGUCCUACACUUUUAUUGGUACAAUAGAGGCCAGUAUAAACACAAUGCAGCUGGAACCAAGUACGAGUAUGUAUAGUUACCUGCUUAUAAUGUUAGUGUUUCGUAGUGUAUUCUUUAUAAGAGGAGGAUUUCUUUUAAUAACAUUGACGUUAUUGUAACUUGCACCAAGCAGUUUUGUAUAUUUAGGAGAAGUCCGAAUAUCCUAGAACAUUUUGGCCAGUUAUUUCUGUAUGUUAAUAUUCAGAGAGUGGUUUAAAGUAACAUAGGAAUCGCUGUUACGUUUAAAAUAUAUAUUUUGCAAAAACAUAUUUUGAAGUUACACUAAGACAUUCUUUGUACUAUCAUGCUAUUUUAAACAGAGCAUUAUGUAUUACUAUGUCAAAGAUUUUGCUUCUAUUUUUUUCCCUUGAUGCUCUGGCCUUGGAAACAUUAAAGAAUGUUGUCUGUAAA